AUACGUAAUGUCAAACACUGCUUGUAUAUCUUUCCCUCUUUCUUAGUCUGCUGACGAAACUUGCAAUUACGAACACAACAGUAACACUACCGCCGCAGAAGAGACCGAAACGCCGUCUUAUUCAUCUCCGAACACCGAAUAUGGAAGAAAGAGGAAACCAACACAAACACGAACAAGAAGAAGAAGAAGAAAUCGUUUGCUUAGACGCGUCGUUCUUCGUCGAUGACAAUUACCAGCUGACGAAAUUCACGUUCGGUUCGCAAGACAUUCAGCUCUUCUGUCUGCAUUCUGCUUCCACUGAUUUUGAUUUGACAGGGCAGCUGGUUUGGCCUGGAGCCAUGUUGCUGAAUGAGUAUCUUUCAAAAAAUGUUAACCUGCUUCAGGGUUGCACUGCCAUUGAAUUAGGUUCUGGUGUUGGUAUUACCGGAAUACUUUGCAGCAGAUUCUGCCAUAAAGUUGUGAUGACAGAUCAUAAUGAAGAAGUGAUCAAGAUCUUAAAGAAAAACAUAGAGCUGCAUUCAUGUCCUGAGAAUAUUACUUCUAUUUCUCAUGGAUUAGUAGCAGAGAAACUAGAAUGGGGGAACACUGAUCAGAUAAAUGAAAUAUUACAAAAACAUCCUGGAGGUUUCGACUUCAUACUUGGAGCUGAUAUAUGCUUUCAGCAGUCAAGCAUACCUAUGCUUUUUGAUAGUGUUAAACAGCUCCUGCAGGCUAGGGAGGACAGAAAGUGCAAAUUCAUUCUAGCCUAUAUAUCAAGAGCUAAGACCAUGGAUUCAAUGAUUCUUAUUGAAGCUUCUAAGCUACAGAUGCAGAUGAAAGAAGUGCCUGGAACUCGGUGCACAGUUAAGAAUCUUGAAGGAGUCAUCUUUGUAGUUACUCUUGAGUAGAAACACUAAAUAUAGUUGAGUUUCCAGAAACAGACAUUGCAUGUGAGAAGGAAAACUAUUGGGGUUAGCAAUAGUUGGAAUUUCUAUUUCCAUUCAAAGCUACUCCCUUGCUGACAACAUGGUGUUGAUGACUCAGGAAACCCAUGGGGGAAGAUAAAGAACAUGCAAGAAUGAGAACCUAUCUUGUAGAGUUUAUCUUCCAAAACAUAAUUCUCUAUUUAAAGCAUACAUGACCAACCACAGAAGAUUUUCUAGAUAGAUUUGGUUGGACUGAGUGGAGUCUAUCAUCCCAAAGGUAGUCUUUGGGAACUUUGAGGGUCAAGAAGAGAAAUCAGGAAUUCAUUUUGUUAAUCAUAAAGUAUUAAUCACACAUUUUCCACCUUAUGAUUUUCUCAAUGAAAUAAUUAAUUAAUGUCUUACGGU